CGUCUUAUGAAUACUGCCAUUUGUCACGUGGUUUAUAUUGUCUUUGUUACGUCACAGAUGGUUUUUGUUUGAAUUUUUACACUAAUGUAAACAAAAACGCACACCACGUGCAACAAAUUACCCACAGCAUCAUCAAUUGCUUCAAUACCUCACAAGCUAACGAAAAUGGGUAAAACCAGAGGGGUCCAUGAAACCACUCCGGAAUUAAGAAACCGGAUGGUAGGUAUGUACGAAGCUGGCUUAGGACUCAGAGAAAUAGCAGCGGCUGUAAAUUGUUCUCAACGGACCGUUAAGAGAUGGCUCAAUCGGUUUGACAAGGAGGGAACUGUCGAGACGAGAGAACGAUGUGGCCGAAAAAGAGCCACGACCUCGGAACAAGAUGAAGCUAUUGUUCGACUCGCUACCCAGACACCGAUAACAGCAGCAAAAGCUGUUCUCCCGGCAUUGGGUCUAUCCUGUUCCGUCGAUACCAUCAGAGAGAGACUCCACAAAGCCGGUAUUCAUAAUUGGAGUCCAUCACGAAAACAUAUGCAAAGGAUUCCCCUGGGCAGUGAAGCGGACGGCGCUGCGAUUCAACAAUCGGUUUGGCGGCCCACCGGUACUCAAUUAGGAAAAAAGAAGGCUUCUAAGGAGACGAGUAAGGGAAAAAAGGGAACAACGAGUAAAAAAAGGACGUCGUCCAAGAAAGUCAAGUCCAAAGAUCUCUACAUCGGAGAUGGUGCGCCGAUCGAAGCUCUGAGACAACCCGGCAUACAACCCGGUUUCGAUUUUCCGCCUCAGCAAACUGUACAACACCCACAGGUUACUGAUUUACAACCAUCUAGUCAACCCAUGCAACUCAGUCAAUCGCAAUUCACCAACGCGCUCAGCCUCGUUCAACAACCAAUCUACCAACACCCUGGACUAAACGUGGCACAGAAUUGGCCUUUAGAUUUGGUUCAAGGCAGCCACCAUUAUCCACAAGGACAACCAAAUCCGAUACCUCACGAGCAUCCCGCUCAACAGCAACAGCUACAAGAUCAUCCACCUCCGCAACAACAAUUACAGGAGCUCCACACUCAACAGGAACAACAACACCAAGCGCAACAACAAAUGCAGGAACAAGUUCAACAGCAGAAUCCACAUCAUCCAAACGUUGAACCACAACAGCAGCAUCAUCACCACCAUCAUCAUCAUCAACAUCAACAACAACAGCAGCAGCAGCAACAGCAACAGCAACAGCAACAGCAACAACAACAUCAACAGCAACAUCAACCAGAUCAAUUAAAGCAAGAACAGCAGCAGUCUCAGCAAACUCCGCAAGUCAAAGUAUCUCCAACUCAUCCAGAUACUAAAAUGUUGCGAAUUGACAGCUGUUCGAAUUCCAGUAACUCAAAUGACAAUAGUCAAAUGUCCGAAGAUGACGGGGAAUCGAUCAAAGAUGAGGACAAAAAAGAUGGCAAGGUGAGACGGAAACAGAGAAAGCGAAAAAAAGGAGGUAAAGCAAAGGGAACGCUGGAGACUAGUGUCGAGAUCAGAAAUCGUAUGAUUGGUAUGUCGGAAGCUGGCCUUUCAACUUUAUCUAUAGCACUGGCCAUAAACAGAUCGGAACGAACGGUGAAGAGAUGGCUUGAAAGAUGGCACAAGGAAGGUAAUGUGCAAACAAAAGAACGUAAAGGAAGACGGCGAAUAACAACUAAAGAACAAGACGAAGCCAUAAUAGCAAUGGCAACGCAACACCCUUUAACCGCCGCAAAGUAUGUCGCACCAGCCUUAGGUCUGAGAUGUAGCGUUGAUACGAUAAGAGAGAGAUUACACAAAGCUGGUAUUCAUAGCUGGAAACUUGGAAAAAAACAAGGUGAAGGAAACGCUGUGCACACGGUUCAUCUGUGGCAGCCUAGUGGAAAUCGUCCAAACAAACCAAAAAUGCCUGGAGAGAAGAAAAAGAAACCAUCCGGUGAUAAAAAGUAUAAACAACCUAUUGGUGAGACACCCAAACGAGCUCCGCGAAGAAAAAAGGUCGAAUCGACGCAGUUGAAAAUUGUUCCACCGCCUGCCAACAUGAUCAUCGAACACAAUCCGAUACAGUUCCACAAUCCUGCUCUGGCAAGCUAUGUUCCAGGUCCAAGUAUCAUGCAACCGGUGCAUAACAUUCCUGUACCUCCACCACCGCAUGUGCAACAACCACCUAUACCUGGAGCACAAGUUGCACCUCCUGGUCCGCAGCCUAUGCAACCGAUGGGACCGAUAAUGCAGCAGAGACCCGACUGCAGAUUGGCUGAACCAGUGGUCGGGCCUCCUGUGUCGAGUCAAGCAAAUUCUGGUGUCGCUUAUCCCCCUUGUAUGGUAGGUGGAAACAGUCAUACGAGUCACAUGGAACAACCAGAUCCACUGAACUACGAACCUUACAUGUGGAAUUUUUAGUGAAAACUAUCACUGAAAUACUUCAUCGAUAUCGGCGUGGUAAAACAAAAGUUCAAAAAUACAUCCAUUUCAUCCCUGUAAAGUAAGAUCUUUUGUAAUAUUUACUUCAAUGGCAGCUCCAUUUUAGAAAUUAUCAACCUUGUUGUCCAUCAAAUUUAUCCGUACAAAGCAGAAUUCUCCGUGCUCGAAGCGAAUAGUUAGUCACUUUUAUAAAAUUAACGAAUAGGUGUUUGCAUUUCAGAGAUAGUACUUCGUAUUAGUCGUACGUACAUGAAAUAAAUUGCAAUAUUAGUUCCUGUAUGAUAGUAUCUAUGAUUAUCUAAUAAUGAUAGCUCAACGUCCUUUCUUUGGUUGUUUUUUUUCUUUUUUCUAUCUAAGCAUAUCUCAGUGAAGGUAUUUUUAAUUAUUAAUAACUAUAUGAGAGAUGAAUAUAGAAGCGAAUA